AUGGCGGACAGACCUCUGUUCCGGCGGUGCAAAAAUACCGUGGAAAGCAUACAGAUAUCUGAGGAGCAAGCUCUGGCUGACACCACUCUCCGACCCCAAAUGACCAAUCUCGGGAGCAUCACCGGCAUGGAACUUCCCACGGUUCUAUAUACCUUCCGACGUGGUAAUGGGCAAGCUCUCGACAACAGCAAACAGAAGGGUUCUAUCGCCAGCACGAAAGGGGCCCCCUUGUAUAAUCAUUACCGGCGAACCUAUCAGUCUCAUCGCAAUUUGAGACGGCGACAUAAGAAGGUUCUUUUGACGGAGGUCAAAGAGAGGUACAAGAAGGAGCAGCCGGUGAUCGACAUCCAACGACAAUCGAAGGGAUCACCGGUCUUAGAACAGGAAGCUCUUCAGACAGCUGAAUAUGUUUUCGCGGAAAAGGUCUACGCUAUCGACGCGCUCUUCACCUUUGCUACAUCAUCAACCGAGGAGGAAUGUCAACGGCGAGUCACAGCCAUUAAUGCGUUGAUUGCACUCUGCAAGAAGCAGGAAAGCCAAGGCUUCUGUCGCCGCAGAGCAGACAUCAUGGUCAAAGAGGAGCAGACUUUAGUCUCUCCACCGCCGAGUCUGUCGGAAACGCUGCCGGUCAAAUGCAAAGCCACGCAGUGCAUUUUUUGCCUCGAGAAUAAAGGUCUCCCGGAUGCUAAACGCCUGAAGACUUUCGCGGCUCGCGGCGACCUCAAGAAGCACUUCCAUCGCAAGCAUCUCCGCCACCAUCCAGACGGUCAGCUAAUCGCGUGUGAUCGACAACACUAA